AUGACUGAAGAAGCAGAUGUCGCGCGACUCGUCUGGUCUUCGCUUUUACCGAUCGGUUUCCGUCUGGCGGCCAAUGAGGUCGACUCUCUGGCCGAACCAGAUCCCUUUUUCACAAUGGUUCCGAGACAAUCGUAUUUACCGUUGAUUUUGGAUCGCGUUAUCCAACAAUUGAAACCGAAAACUACGGCAAAAGACGUUUGGCUUGAUUGCGAUGGACAACCCUUGAGAUGGCAUUUACCGAUCGGAGUCUUAUUCGACUUGUUUGGCGAAAAACAAGGCAUUCCUUGGAUUCUAAACAUCCAUUUCCGCGACUUUCCCGAAGACAUUCUCGUCAGAUGUCAGUCUCGCGCAGCCGUAGAAGCCAUUCUCAUGUCUGCUCUGAAGGAAUCAGAUGCGCUCAAGAAUAAGCCGCCAGUCAUGGCUCAGCUGCAGAAACGCGAUCACCAGGAGCUGUUCCGCGGUCUUUGCAACAAUCGAUUCGAACAGUUCUGGACAAUCAACCGCAAACUGGUUUCCGGCGAAUUCCGCCAUGUUCCCACGAGAGUCCACUUCCGCUCUACACCGCAUGCGCAGAAACUCGUCUCGAGUUCGGCGACUUUGGGUGAAGUGGCGGAGUCGGUGAUUGGAUCCGAUUGGCGACAAUGGCGUCUGGUCGUUCAGGGCGUGGAGCCGCCCCCCGAAACGCCCAUGACGUGGUUGGGCCGGCAUUUGGCGCAUUGCGACAACUUUGUGCACGUGAUCGCGCGUGAGAACCACUAGAAGUGGUCUCACGAACGCAUUUAUUGUAAAAAAGUCACUUCAGUUCUGUCACAGACU